AUGGGGAUAGCGGGGUGGGGAGGUAAGAUGAAGGAGAGGUUUGAGGGGGUGUUGGCUGGGAAUUUUAAUAGUUGGAAGGGAGUGGAGUUUAUGGAGGAGGGAUGGUUGGAGGCGGCGGGGGUUAUGGAUGGGAUUAUGAAGGGACCUGAAGGUGGAAAGUUGUUUGGGGCUUUGGCUACGAAGAAUGGAUUUGAGGAGUAUAAAAAGCCGGUGAAAGGACCAAAGAAUCUGGAAGGGUCAAAAGGAGAAUCAAGAGAAUCCACACAGCCAGAAAUCGAGGAAGAUUUAGAACCAUCAGAAUCGGUUGCCGCAACCUCUGUAGCCCCAGAAACUACCUCCAUCCCAGCAGUCUCAGAAACAUCGCAAGUCCCCGAGCCAUCAGAACCUAACCCUACCACCUCAACAAACCCACCCCCCUCCAUAAUCUACCUCACCUCCGACUCCCCAAACACCCUGACCACCCUCACCCCAAACACAACCUACAUAAUCGGCGGAAUCGUCGACAAAAAUCGACACAAAGGACUCUGCUACAAGCGAGCCUGCGACGCCGGCGUCGCAACCGCCAAAUUACCCAUUGGAGAAUACAUGACGAUGCAAAGUCGGACUGUGUUGACGGUGAAUCACGUCAUGGAGAUCAUGAUACGGUGGUUAGAGACGGGGGAUUGGGGGGAGGCGUUCUUGAAGGUUAUUCCGAAGAGGAAGGAGGCGAAGUUGAGGACGAAGGGGAGGGAUGGUGAGGGUGAGGGUGAGGAGGGGGAUGAGGGUCAUGAUGAGAAACAUGAUGAGGAACAUGAUGAGGAACAUGAUGAGAAUGAAAAAAGUGGAAACGAGAGUGAAGAUGGUGAUGAAGGGGGAGUUUCUCUUGAAGCUGAACAGACAGGAGGGGAAAAGAUGUCCGAACGGGAGCUCAGAAAAUGA